AUGGCUCGCCACGGGGAUACUCGCUCACCAUCUCCUGUAGGCAGCACACAAUCCUCAUCCAAGCGGAGUCGCAGAGACGAUGAUCGCUAUGAUCGAAACCGACGGGAUGAAGGACGCAGUUACCGCCGAUCCCGCAGUCCAGAGCGACGAUUCCGUGGUCGCGACAAUGGUCGUGACAGAACCGGCUACCGAAGACGCGACCGCUCCCUAGACCGCCGCGAUGAAGACACAUACCGACCUAAUCGCCGAGAAAGAUCCCGAGACCGCCGACGGUCUAGAGAGCGAGACGACUUUCGUCGGCGAAGUCGCGAUAGAGAUUACCGACCCAGGCGAGAUGAUUCACGCGACCGCGAUCGAAGGCGCACGGAUGAUUCUGCUGACCUGAAAUCGAAGUCUAGACGGGAGGAUAGCCGAGACCGUGGGUCGAAUCGGCAGUCGAGUUCUCGAACCCGCGAGCCAUCGAAACCAUCCACACCUGCACCCGCACCCGCCGCUCAGACCGACGAGCAGAAGAAAGCUGAGAGACUUGCAAAGCUGGCAGCAUGGAAAGCAAAACAAGCGGCGGAGCGCGAACGCAAAGAACAAGAACUAGCUGCGGCUGGCCCACGCAACUUUCUAGACGCAAUUGAUCGAAAAUCCGGUGCUUCCCCUGCAGGCGUCUCACCGCAAACACCCGCAACCCCUAUCGACUCAGCCACGUCCACUCCCUACGCUGGAAAGUUCGACCCGAAAGCUAUAGCAAAGAAUGUCGCAACCUCUGCUGGAUCUCCCGGUAUUCUUGGCAACGAUGUUGCCGUCCCCCAAAUUACAAAGGCCUCAGCGAAACCUACGAUUCCAUCAACAUCACCCUCCGCUUCGGUUAAGCCCAUCGGCAACGUUGGUGGCUUUGGACUGGGAGGCACAAAGACAAGCUCUGAUAAAGAGAAAUCUGCAGCCAGUCGAACACUUGGGUUUGGUGAAGAGGAAUCUACACGUAAGAAGCUCGAAAGGCUUCCAACUCCUCCCCUUGAUGAUGGCAAAGAUAAUGCAGCUGAUGAUGCCGGGGACGAUGCUGGUGACGACGACGUGGAUAUGCAGGAAGAUGCAGCUGAGGAGGACGCCGAAGCCACUGCGCGCGCGGCAGCGGAGCGCCGAGAGGAGCGACUACAGAAUGUUAUGGAGCCUGAAAAUGACGUACAACCCGAGCCAGAAUCGAAGGAGGACGUUCAGAUGACCGAUGUUACACACCCGCAUGAACCUGAGGUUGAAAUGGAAGUGGAUGAGGACAUUGAUCCUUUGGAUGCAUUCAUGUCAGGACUAGCGGAGACCGCCCCGCCUAAGAAGACCUUUGGGGCAACAUUCUCCAAGAAGAGGGCAGCUCAGCAACCUCAGGCCAUGUUCGGCGAUGAAGAAGAUGUAGCCAUCACCGCCAUAGGAGAAGAUGCCGCCGAGGAUGUUCUUGCUAUUGCCAACAAGAAAAAGAAGAAGGAAAUCCCUGCUGUGGAUCACGCCAAAGCCGACUAUGAACCCUUCCGGAAGACGUUUUACCACGAGCCAGCACACCUUGCGGAGAUGACCGAGGAGGAGACUGCAAACCUUCGUCUUGAAUUGGACGGCAUCAAAGUCCGUGGUCUUGACAUUCCGAAACCCGUACAGAAAUGGGCUGAAGUCGGGUUAGGUGUCCAAACUCUCGAUGUCGUCGAGCGACUUGGUUACGAGUCCCUUACUUCAAUUCAGGCCCAGGCUAUUCCUUCCGUGAUGGCUGGCCGUGAUGUCAUUGGUGUCGCAAAGACUGGCUCUGGAAAGACCAUGGCAUUCCUCAUCCCCAUGUUCCGACACAUUAAAGAUCAACGGCCCCUUGAAAAUAUGGAAGGUCCGAUCACUUUGAUCAUGACACCAACCCGUGAACUAGCGACUCAGAUUCACAAGGACUGCAAGCCGUUUUUAAAGGCUUUAGGCCUUCGCGCGGUCUGCGCCUAUGGCGGUGCUCCUAUCAAGGACCAAAUUGCUGACUUGAAGCGUGGAGCAGAGAUCGUUGUAUGUACCCCUGGUCGGAUGAUCGAUUUGCUUGCGGCAAACGCUGGCCGAGUGAUUAAUUUACGACGAGUAACCUACGUUGUUCUUGAUGAAGCCGAUCGUAUGUUCGAUAUGGGCUUUGAACCCCAAGUUAUGAAAAUCAUGGCCAACGUGAGACCCGAUCGUCAAACAGUUCUCUUCUCUGCCACCUUCCCUAGAAAUAUGGAGGCUUUGGCCCGAAAGACUUUGAAGAAACCGGUUGAGAUUGUCGUUGGUGGUAAGAGUGUUGUCGCGCCCGAGAUUACGCAGAUUGUCGAGGUCCGAAAUGAAGACCAGAAGUUCUUCCGUCUCUUGGAGUUACUCGGCAACCUGUAUGAAGAUGAUGCAAAUGAGGAUGCGCGGGCGUUAAUCUUCGUUGAUCGUCAAGAAUCUGCCGAUAACCUACUGAAGGAGCUCAUGCGCAAGGGUUAUCCAUGCAUGUCCAUUCACGGUGGAAAAGACCAGAUCGAUCGUGAUUCUACCAUUGAAGAUUUCAAAGCAGGUAUCUUUCCAGUCUUGGUUGCCACUUCUGUUGCAGCCCGUGGUCUUGAUGUGAAACAACUCAAACUCGUCGUCAAUUACGAUGCACCUAACCAUUUGGAGGACUAUGUCCACCGUGCUGGUCGAACUGGUCGUGCUGGAAACACCGGAACCGCUGUCACUUUCCUUACAGACGAGCAAGAACGGUACUCUGUGGACAUUGCCAAGGCGCUCAAGCAGAGUGGCCAAGAGAUCCCCGAGCCCGUUCAAAAGCUGGUUGAUGGUUUCCUAGAGAAAGUCAAGGCCGGUAAAGAAAAGGCGAGUGGCUCCGGAUUCGGCGGUAAGGGCCUUGAGCGACUUGACCAGGAGCGCGAAACGGCACGGAAUCGCGAGCGUCGCACCUACAAAACCGGUGAAGAGGGCGAUGAGGAUGAUGAGAAGGAGAAGGAAGAGAAGAAUGCCAAGGAUGAAGACCGCUUCAACAAGGCUCUUUCAUCCGUACAAUCUGCUGCUGCUGCUACUGCUGCCGCUGCCGCUCCCACACCUCAGCUUGUUGGCGUACCCAAGGGUAUUGAUCUGGAUGGCAAGAUUACUGUGCACAGAACCGAGAAGGACCCGGCGGGUGGCGCAAAGAACGCACUCGACAAGGUUGGCUCCGCUGUAGCCGAUAUCCACGCUCGUUUGAGCCGAGCCGGCGUCAUGAGAUCCGGUGUUCCCAUUGACAACCGUGGACCAGAUGCCGGUGCCUUCCACGCCACCCUUGAGAUCAAUGACUUCCCCCAGAAAGCUCGUUGGGCUGUUACCAACCGCACAAAUGUCGCCAAGAUCCUCGAAUCAACCGGUACAUCCAUCACCACCAAGGGAAAUUUCUAUGCAGCUGGCAAAGAACCUGCAUCCGAGGAAGCGCCUAAGCUAUACAUCCUGGUUGAGGGUGAAACAGAGAUCACCGUCACCACUGCCAUGCGUGAGCUUAUGCGCUUACUGAAGGAGGGUACCAUUGCAGCCGCCGACAGCGAUGCCCGCGCACCCGCCAGUGGUCGUUAUAGCGUUGUUUGA